GGUACCUGUACACUCAGAGGAGAAAGACGGGUUCCUUGAAACUCACUACACAGUGCAUCGGUCUUUUCCCAGUGUGCUGUUGCAACUUUUACGAACAGGGGACAUAACCCCGAGGCUUUUAAUCAAGAUGGGGGCCUACAAGUACAUGCAAGAGCUCCACCGCAAGAAGCAGUCCGACGUGAUGCGCUUUCUGAAGCGCGUCCGCACGUGGAACCUGCGCCAGCUGUCGUCUGUUCACCGCGCCUCCAGACCCAUGCGGCCAGACAAGGCCAGGAGAAUGGGUUACCGGGCAAAACAAGGAUAUGUCAUCUACCGUGUGCGUGUGCGACGCGGGGGUCGCAAGAGGCCCGUGCCGAAGGGCGCCACCUAUGGCAAGCCCACCAACCAGGGUGUGAACCAGCUGAAGUUCCAGCGCAGUCUGCAGUCAGUUGCUGAGGAGCGAGCGGGUCGGCGUUGCGGCGGCCUGCGUGUCCUCAACAGUUACUGGACCUGUGAGGACUCCACUUACAAGUACUUCGAGAUCAUCAUGGUGGACCCGUUCCACAACGCCAUCCGACGCAACCCGGACACCCGAUGGAUAUGCAACCCCGUGCACAAACAUCGCGAGCUCCGCGGCCUGACGUCAGCCGGCAAGAAGAGCCGUGGUCUGGGCAAGGGCCAUCUGUACAAGCAGACGAUCGGCGGAUCGCGUCGGGCCGCGUGGAAGCGCCGAAACACCCUCUCCCUCAAGCGCUACCGUUAAGCUCUACCAGCAGCACCCAACCACAACACUUGAUAUUAACACACAUCAGUUUCUCGAAGAAAUAUCUACCAAGAAAAAAUUCUUCCAGGUCACUUAUCCUUUGCUCCUUGGAAUUUGUUUCCUCUGGUUUUGUUCAACAGAACGUUUGGAAGUGUUUUGAUGGAAGAAGUCUUUAAGUCGGUUGUGACGCGCGGAAGGGACAGUCUUUGUAAAUCUAAAAGGUGAACCAAUGAAUAAAACAUCCAAGAGUAACUAA